CUGUAGAAACAAGAUAUUAAUGUCCCCUCUCCAGCAGCCAAAACUCUGUACUCCACCUCCGAGACUACUCAGUUGCUCACGAAACCACCUUCACAUCUCACAGACGUAAUUUGUUCGUUCUUUGCCAGCUCGCGGGAAUAGUACUCUCUCUGUCGCAAGACAAAUGAAGUUUCUUUACCGUUACUUAAAACAAAUUAACAGUUGUGUUAUUAUGUUUGAGGCAAGCUGUUAGUAAUUAAUAUUUACCAACGUUGUAUUUGCCUGCAGUCGCGAUGAAUCUUUAUGUUGGAUUCAGACCUUUAGCUUGCAAUUUGAUAGUUUGGAUGAUUUUGUCAUUUGUGGCUGAUGAACGGAAAAUAUUGACAGCAAAGGAAUUACACACUUCAGUCGCCAUGAAACAGUAUGCUUGGUGGAAAGUGUGCGUUAAAGAGUUCACUUAUUGUAGAAGCAUCCAGAGGAUUGAAGAGAAUAGUGAUCUAACAUUAAAUAUCGAUAGAAAUUCAAAUGAAUCUGCUUUUAACUUUGGGGUACUCGAUCGCAAUGGAUCAGCUGUUCACUGCAGAGAAAAUGAUUUUCGUUCGAAAAUUGUUAACAAAAUAGCUGAUGAAGUGUUGCAGGGAGGUGUUCCGAAGGAUCACCCGGCCGCAGUUGGCGAGGAAGGUCCUGAAGAAAAGCACGUCGACAUUGGAAGAACAAGACAAGAUAUGAACCUGGCUCGCCAGAUAGUGUCCUUCCUGCCGCCCUUUGUGCCUUCGUCCUCGACGCGUGUGACGAACGAGCAGUGCAUCAAAGACAGCGAACGCUACCUCCAGGAACUCGAUGACCUCGCCCUCUGGGCACUUUUGAUGCACGACUCAUCUGCCAAAUUACCCCCUGGACUGCUGAACGGAAAUGUGAACCAAUAUGGCGACCUCGACCAGUGCCUGAACGUGAGGUCUCCCCGGAAGGGCGGAGUCAUCAAGGGUCGCUACUGUCUCACAACCAUGUCCUUUCAUCUAUCUGACCCAGACCACCCACUCUUAAGCCACGUCCGGGAACUGCUACUGUCACAUGGGAUGCUUCGCAGCGAACUGGAUGAUCCAGGACACCGUGUUCCUCGCUUCUCAGCAGUCCACUGGGCUCUGUGCGUUCCUGCAUCUUGCAACUCUUCAGAUGUUCAACUUGCUCUUGCAGACACGUUGCAGAAACACGCGGAGGGGACAGGAAUUACGUUCAAGGUCAGAGUCGCUGCCGGUAUGUGCCAGACAAAGGACGACAAACUCCAUCUACCGUUGUCCACCAUUAUUGUUAGUCUGGUGUUUGUCGUGGUAACGGCUUUUGCUGCAUUUGCGACAGCUUGCGAUUUAAAUUGGAGUUCGGCGGAACAGAAGUUAAGUACUUGGAGGAAGUUAGUGCAAGCGUUCUCUCUGCGCAAGAACGCUGUGGCAUUAUUCAGCCUCUCGAGAUCGACAGAUGACAUUGAAAGCGUACAUGGAGUCAGAGCAAUCAACGCUCUGUUGUUGCUUGUGGCCCACAAAUGCAUGGCUUUUUUUUUCAAUCCGUACACGAACAGGACUGUCAUGACCGAGGAUUUGGGACGUUCAUGGACUUCCUUUACAAGAGGCGCGUGCUUAUACACCGACGUAUUCAUCAUGUUGAGUGGAAUGUUGACGUCUUACUCGUUUUACAAACAGCUGGAGCGUAAGAAGCGACUUGAUGUUCCCUGGGAGUAUCUGUCGAGGCUAAUGAGAUUGGUUCCAAAUCUCGUGGCUCUAAUCCUCUUCUGCACUUUCAUCCUACCGUGGACUGGAACUGGUCCGCUGUGGAACCAAGUGGUGCAACACCAUUCCGAUAUCUGCAAGAACACUUGGUGGCAUAACUUCCUGUUUAUUCACAACUAUUUUGGUUUUGAGAGUAUGUGUUUAACGCACACGCACCAUCUGGGAAUAGACACUCAGCUGUUUUUUCUGUCUCCGUUGUUUGUGUACGCUGCAUGGAGGUGGCCACGAAUUGGUUUUAGUGUUCUGGCAGGCGUAGCGUCCGUCUCCACAGCUCUGCGUUACGGCGUCACAUAUUCUAAACGUCUGUCAUACUUCGUUAUUUAUGGAAGCUCGACCAAACAGCUGUUUCAGUCAGCUGACCUCUCGUAUACGCUGCCAGCACACCGAGCAACAGCGUAUGUGAUUGGCAUUGCCCUGGGUUUUGGGCUUCGCUACUGCGGCAGAGACUAUAGACUUAAGAAGAUGCACUUCACAUUGGGCUGGACCACUGCCGUUGUCUGCUUCUACAUGGCAAUAAUCAGCCCAGCGCACAUGGCGAGCCGCUACUAUGUCUAUAAUCCGACAGAAGCUGCCAACUUCGCGGCUUUCGCGCCUAUCUUCUGCUGUCUCUUCCUAGCCUGGAUCAUCUUCAUGUCAUAUAUUGGUCACGGAGGUUUGCUGGGACGCGUGUUAUCGUGGCGUGGAUUUCUAGUGACAACGAGACUUUCUUAUGCUUUCUACCUUGUCCAGUUCCCAAUAUUCUUCUACGGUGUCGGCAAAAAUCGCGUUACCCAGUCGUACAGCGUGCUUCUAUUGAUUGAUGUGCCAGAGAUGAUGGUGAUUAUUGCGGCAUCUAUACUCCUAACACUGUUGUUUGAUCUCCCGUUCCAAAAUAUUAGAAAAAUAAUGCAAGAACUUAAAGCAGUUGAAUAAGUGCAUUCUGUCACUGACGAUUUAGCAAUGAAUCAAAAGUUUUUGGGUAUUUGAGAUAAGAACUUUAUUUUCCUCAGUAACGAUAUGAUAACAUUUUAUUCUAGCAUUAAAGGAUGGAAACCAUCCUCUUUCUGUUCUUUGAGGUGUUCUGAAGUUGGUAAUGGAACCGAUGUCUUCUUGGAUUCCUAUAUUUACAUUUGUGUGCUAAAACCACGCAUGCCGAAACCUUUUAUAAAGAUCGUAGGAUCUAAGAAUGAACUUCUGAAGUAGAGAUCAAAGUUAUUUCUGCAGGUAAUUGUGCCAUAUUUUACAGAUACUCCUUUAAAGUUUUAAAAAGUAAUUGCUUUACCCAUGUAUAAUGGCUUAAGGUGUUGGGCUCAUAAACCAGUUCACGUGUCCUUCGUUUGUAAUCAUCUUCUUUAACAGCAAAGUGACAGAAUCUUUGUACUUCGUCUGUUAAGUGAUCAGUCUUAGUCAAGUGAUGCAGAUGAUGGGCUGCUUUCAGAAAUCUUUCUACCUAGCUUUUCUGUGAAUUAGCCCCCUGCAAGAUUUGCUGAAGGGAGAUUUUUAAAAUGCUGAUUACACAAAUAUGCGGAGAGUAAGAUAAAACAGAUUCUAAAUGAUGAAUAAAUAAUAAAAAAAAGAGGAAACAUUUUACAAGAAAACAGGAGAGGUCAAUAAUUCUGGAGUUUAUACUCGUGAAGAUGAUCUGAGUGUGUGAUAAUUGUAUGAAGUUUGUUUUCAUUAUCCCUGAAAGAACUAACACCUUCGUUUUAGGUUAUAUUAACUGAUAUGUUUGAAAAAUGUGUUGGUACCAUUGGACAGACCCGACUUGGAAGAAUCUGCGAAGUUCAUAGAUCUUCUCCAAGCCCAGAGGUAACAUUCUCUUGUUCCCGACUGCUACCUGCAGUUUAAAUGGAAGUACAUCUGUUCAAUUGUAUCUUUUUUUUAACUUUGAUAAAAAAAUUUGAGGUUAUGUGAGGUUAGGAUUGACAUUACUGCUAUUGUUUUAUGAAGACUGUAAUGUAAUUGUUUGUCACAUAUUUUUAACACUGAUUACAUUAUGCUAUAAAAUAUUCAUUAUUGUUUUUAUACGUAUUUUUAUCAAUUUAAAGAUUCAAUAAAAGUACAAAAAAAAAGAUCUAAUAAAAAUAGCAAUGCCAUCAAGUCACUUGAGGAACCAGUUGUGUUUUGUAGAUUUAUAUUAUUGUUACUACUUUAAAUAAUGAAAUGUUUACAUUGCAUUGCAUUGCAUUGUAAGAAAUUGUUGUACUGAAUUUAUUAACGACUUCAGCACACUGCCAACAAUGGCAGGUGUUACACAAGUAUUCAUAGAGUGUGAAUGUAAACUCAUUUAUUUUUCCAAGUGUAGAUGCCCAUAUUAUUGUUUGUUUUUCAGGUAUGAAAUUGCAUUUAAUAUUUUACUAUGUUCUUAAACCUGUAGUUUUGUAGCAGAUCACGUAAUUUGUGUGUGUCUUAUUCUGCUAAACACUGCAGGAGGACAUUUAGGCAUUCUGUGUCCUGUUGCAUCUAGCAUAGAGAAACAGGAACAAAAUAGCAAGUAUCACUGAACUACGGCAUUUUGUUAUGUCCUUCGGACUUCUAAUGUUUUUAGUAAAUAUUACAUUUUAAUAAAAAGAAAGAAAUUUAAAUAGCUA